GUUAUAUUUUGAGUAAAAUAAAAAAUUGUAUUUAACAUCUAGGACCUACCCAAGUUCAAGGAGCUCAUCUUUGAGGACUUCUCUAGGUUCAUACUAGUAGAGAACAUCUUUGAGGAAGUGGUCCUGCAGUCAGUCAGCAAGGACAUCAUGAUGGCUGUGAAGGAAGCUGCGGUCCAGCGAAGGCACAACCUGUACAGAGACAGCAUGGUCCUGACCAACAGCGACCCCAACCUGCAUCUUCUGGGAGAGGACACCAUUGACUGGGCUGGCCAGUUUGGAGGAGGAAAAGGAGAGAGGCAAAGUGGAGAAGUGACCAACAGGAAACGCAAACAGAUUGUCUCCAUGAUCCACUUGGAUGGGAUGCCUCUGCCGUACGAGUCCUGCCAGGAAGUACCAGGAGUGGACGGCAUCCCAGAGGAGAAUGAAGGGCAGACAGAACAAGAUCUUCAAACAGAAAAGCCUGUGAACCCGAUCCAGCACGUACCCAUCAAGGAAGAACCAGGUUCUCCUGACAGUAUCAAUGAGAUCCGAGACCUCAUAAACCCUGUGCUGGAAGUUGUCGAACAAGAUGGCUCACAGUUGACCAAUGGGAUGUUGCCUUUGGAAGAAGGUGAUGAGGUAAAGCACAUCACAAUGGUAACGGAGAUCGUGCCAAGGGAGUCACCAAAAAAGAAUGACCUAGAUUCGGAUACUGCCCAGAUUGAACAGUCUUCAGAAGAGGAGCAGUGCGUAUCGGCCAUUGAAAGCGCCAUUCAACAGAUCGAGAUCGCCAUCCAGGAAGACCCCAGCGAGAACCUGAGCGAAGGCGCCAUCGACUCGGAUGGAGAAUUCGUUCAAACAUCUCCCAACUCCAGCCCUCUUCAUCACGAUGACAGUGGCUUUCAGUCCCCAGCCAAUGAGAAUGUAGAAGAAGUGGAGCCUCAGCCAAUCACAGAUGAAGUGGUGGACACAGAGCAAGUGAUGUUAACUCUGGUGGAGGAAGUGAAGAGUAGCAUCGAUUUAGACGCAAAGGCUCCUUGUGAUGCUUCGGAAAAGAAAUUGGAAGUCCAAAGAGAAAGUUGAAAGUGAGAGAUAAAACAUUUUACAAACUGAAAGUGUUUGCUGACACUCUUUUUCUUUUGCUUUUCAUUCAGCAACACUUCAUGGUUGAUUUAUUUCAGCCAAUUUGUUGUUAAUUUAAUUUUAUUUGAAUUUGGUUUUAUUUUUUGUUUUUCCCGUUCUUUUAUUUUAUGUAACUCAUGACUCCCACGCUAAUUACAAUGUGGCAGAGGUUUCAUAAACUGUCAUUAUCUUGUUAGACUGCGGUUUGGUUGAAGGUGGUGUAAACCGGCAUGCUUUUACCUCUUGACAUCAGUUGAGGAGGUUAGUAUUAUAACUAAAUCAAAUCUAUGGACUUCACCUGAAUGUAUUUAUAUGUACAGUGAGGUGGACUGGCGCGUUACAAUUGAUCUUUAAAGUACAGUGAUAUUUCAUAAGGGCCAACUGAAACAUUCAUCUUUUUUUUGCCUUCCGUUACUUGUGGAAUAUAUUUAAACACUAAUUGCACAUGUAUUCUUGCAGCUUCAUUAAGCACUUAAACAAUACUACAGAAACGUAAAUUAAAGCUUGCUUUUUAAUGCUUGUAGCCUUUGUGGUUUUAAAGUGAGCUAUUUCCUAUAAAAUGCAUCUCUGUGUAAAAAUGUGUCCUGUGACCCAGAUUCACAUCCUCCACCUAUUUACGUGCAUUAAGAUGGAAACCUCAUUACAGAUUGAGCUUCACGGCCAAGGUUUAAAGUAAGGUGUAUAAAAAUCCUCAGAAUCAGUUUGUAUUUUAGUUUAGUAGCUUUGUGGAUAAUUUGAGGAAUUCCGAGACCCCAUACAGGACUGGAGGGCAAAGGUUUUCUCUGGCAUGCAGCUGUGGGUUUUUUUUUUUUUUUUUUUUUUUUACUAAACUGUUAAUUCAUUACUGGAUAUAUUUAUGUUUUACCGUUUUCUGCUCGUGUAUCUAACAUUUUAGCUCCACACAUAUUUCACUGGUUAUUUAUUUUUAAAGUGUUGUGAUUAUUUUCUGCAUCUUCUGUUCCUUUUGCAAGGCAGCGAUGGAUAAAUAAAUGACUAUUAUUUUGAAA